AUGACGACAAACUCUAGCGAUAACAAGCACAUUGACCGCCCGUGGCUGAGAGAUAUUCCUUUCAACAGCAGUGAGUUGAGGGAUCGUCUGAUUGAUCAGCCCUGGAAGGAGAUCACUCUCUUCAAAAGUCAGAAGGAGCACACCGAUGGGGCUGCCGAGGGCUCCGGAGCAAGCGGUGCCAGUGACUUCUCUGCCGAAGAAAGCGAUUCGAAGAACGAGGAUAAAGGUUUGAGGUACCACAUUUCUGGAGGAUCUGCUACAUCCAAAGGCUCUCGCGGACUGGGCAAAUAUUGGGCUAUUAUAACCACCGGUGCAGGUCUAUUUUCUGAUGGGUAUAUCAACAAUUCUAUCAGUACUGUGUCGACAUGCUUGUCGACGAUAUAUGGUGCUCAGUAUACGGAAUCUAGAGCGAUUCAAAACGUUUCCUCGAUCGCAUUUGCCGGUACCGUUAUUGGUCAGUUGACUUUUGGCUACCUGGCAGAUUAUUACUCACGUAAGAUGGCUAUGUUAACGGGUACAUCGCUGUUGAUUUUGUUUUCCAUUCUAUGUGCAGGUGCAUGGGGUGUUGGCACCACGGGCACUCAGGCCGGUGGAUUGUUUGCUGCUAUUACGGCAUAUAGAUUCUUCCUUGGUAUCGCGAUUGGCAGUGAGUAUAGUAGUAGUUCACCUGCGGCCGCUGAGGCUUCAAACAUGCUACCUUCAGGUAAGAGAAACAGAUAUUUCUGUUGGUUUACGAAUAUGAUGAUCGAUCUCGGUUUUGUUGUGAGUGCUUUUGUGCCACUUGUCCUACUUUGGAUCUGUGGUGAGCGCCAUUUGACUCCUGUGUGGAGAAUUACCAUAGGCCUUGGUGCUAUUCCACCAAUUUCUCUUUUCUUCCUGAGAUUGAGGUACAGGGAAAGCGAUGCAUUCAAAGCUACCAGAUUUAGAAAAGUAAUGCCUUAUUGGAGAAUUAUUAAAUUUUACUGGUUAAGACUUGCGUGUGUUUCAAUCAUUUGGUUCUUAUACGAUUUCUCGGCAUACGCCUUUGGUACUUACUCCUCAAUCAUUAUCGGAAUUGUUCUAGGUGAUGAUGCAUCACUUGUUCAAACAUUUGGUUGGAAUGUUGUCUUUAAUCUAUUCUAUAUGCCGGGUGCAUUUUCAGGGGCAAUUUCUGCUGAUUGGUUUGGACCUAGAACUACUUUGACAGUGGGUUUAAUUUUACAAGCAGCUCUAGGCUUCAUCAUGGCAGGUGCUCUAGAACAUUUGCGUAAACAUAUCGCAGGGUUUGUUGUUGUUUACGGUAUCUUUAUGACAUUAGGUGAAUUCUCCGCUGGUGAUAAUAUUGGUCUAUUAGCAUCAAAGGUUUUUGCAGUUCCGGUUAGAGGUCAACUUUAUGGUAUUGCAGCCGCGGUCGGCAAAGUUGGUGCAUUUGUUGGUAGUUACGUAUUUCCAUCGAUUAUUAGAAACGCGGGUGGUUUUGAUACAACUUCUGGUUUGCAAGCACCUUAUUGGGUAGCAUCUUCCUUAUGUAUCUUCUCAGCUUUGGUCGCAUAUUUAUUUUUACCAGCUGUUGAUCAGGAUGCAAGUGCGGAAGAAGAUCGCAGAUUUUUAGAAUUCUUAAAGAGCACAGGAUUUGAUCUAUCAGAAUUAGGUGACGAUGGUGCUUCCGCUUCGGUUGAUUAUAGUUUUGAGAGCUCGACGGGAUCAGAAUCCUUGAUCGUGAAGGAGAACGUAGAGGAAAAAAACAUUGAAUUGAAUUAA